GUCACUUCAACACAUAUAUCAGUUGAACAAUUCAGGUGAUGUGGUGAAAUUACUCAUUGGCCAAAUCAAUACGAAUUUCUUCUCCGAUCACAAAAUUUCAUUUUCUAACGAUUGAGGCUACAAUUUUCCAUCUACAAUUCUGCAUAUUUUAGUCACAUAAAUUUAAUUAUGAAUAAUCCAAUCGAUUCAAAUUCAAACGAUCCACUCCAAAACUCGUCGUCGUCGGAACGGCAUCUCGAGAUUUCGGAUGGAAAUCUACUUGCCUCAACAGAAAAUGUGCACCCGGAACAAGAUUUCGUAAACUUAAAACUAGUUAGAAAACAUUCUAUUGAUAGCAGAACCCCGUUUAUAACAAGUAAAAGACCAGGAUGGAAAGGUUUCUCGUCGUUGGAAAAGUCGUUGUCAAUUGCUCUGGGUCUUGUGAGCAUUCUCGCCCUUGCUCUCAUGAUCGCAGUGAUCAUUGUCGGAGUGAAACUUAACAAAGACGAUUACAAGCCUCCCGAAAAGUUGACUGAGGCGACACUCUACCCUCCGUGGGUCACCACCAUCCCCACGACGACGGAGUUGAAGGAGGUCACCACGAGAGCGAGACCUACAACACAACUCACAUCCACGACCCCAAUUCCACCAACCGAAACCACGAGCGAGGCCAUAAAAUGCACUUCUGGCCAAUGUCUCCAAAUACUGGAGUCUCUGGACACGUCAGUGGUCGAUCCCUGUGAAAAUUUUUAUGAUUUUGCAUGUGGUGGAUGGACCAUUAGAAAUCCAGUCUCAAUAGACAACCCCUCGGUGGACCAAUUUUCAAAAGCACAAGAAUCAUUUGAACUGGAAGUCAAACAUAUAUUAGAAGAGAGCAAGGCAAAUGAGGUGGAAUUGGACAUGGUGGAAACUGCUAAGCUAUUUUACACUACGUGUCUAAAUGACAGUAGUAAUGCUACUGAAGACGAAGAAAAUGCGGAAAUUGUAAAAUUAAUUGACGAUAUGCUGGCAGAUUUUGAUUUUUCUAGUGGUGACUUGAUCCCAGUAUUAUCGAAAAUAAGGAAAGAGCUGGAUGGCAAUUAUCUUUUAAGUCUAUGGAUUGAUGUUCACUUGGAGGAUAAUUCACAAAAUGCGAUUUAUUUGGAUCAUGGAAAUCUGGAUAUAUUUGAGGAAAUUCUUACAAGCGAAUCCAACACGGCAUACCGAGUAGAUCUUUACAAAGAAUUUAUAAUUUCUUUAUGGACAAGCAUAUAUCCUGAAGAUAGCAAUAUUGCGGUGGAAAUAGCUGACAAGCUGGUCGAAUUUGAGUACUCACUGUUGCAGCUUCGCAGGUCUAACAAUACACAAGAGUUUGCAAAUGUUGAAAUCUUGUCCACAGCUACAGGACUUGAUUCUGAAAACUAUACGACAGUUUUGCGAUUUAUAAACCAAACUCUGUCAUCAGACGAGUGCUCUGACAGCAUGAUUACCUGCAACAAUAUGUUGACAGAUGUGGACAUCAUUCUCCAAGAUUUACAAUAUCUCUCAUCAUUCGAUGCUUUAUUGAAUGAAACAGAUUUAAAUAUAACAGUGAACUAUUUGAAAUGGAGAAUAAUCCUUGACUUUGCAAAACAUUCAAGUGAGAUGCACAGGGAUUUGUAUGACCAUAACAUACUUGGUUUCAAUACGUCAACUUUCAGAUGGGAGAUGUGCGUAAAAGAGACACUACGGUUUUUUGGACCACCCUUAGUCGCCGAAUACGUUCAGGCCAAAAUUGCCAAUCCAGUGAAAUUGAAGCUACAAGUAUUGGGAAUUGCCGAUUACUUAAAGCACACAGCGUUAACACUGACGCAAGAAGUGACCUGGAUAGCAAGCAACGCAACUCGUGACAUUAUAUCCCAAAAACUGGAAGAACUGCAAAUAUUUGCAUUGUAUCCUCUUUCUCUAACGGACGAAAAUAUCAACAUAGCUUUGGCCUACUACUCGAACUUGAAUCUUACAAACCCAUCGUACCAUUUUCAAAAUAUGCUUGACUUAACUGCAUGGCAAAGUGCGAGUGAACUGAAUCUUGUUUGGGGUACUUCUAACGAUACCAUGCAAAGAAAAGAGUUGGAAAUUCAAACAUCUAACGAAGUGGUUUACUCCUAUUUGACAAAUUCUAUAUAUAUUCCAACUGCAGUCUAUCAACCACAAUUCUACAGUAUUGAAGAUAAUGGUUCAAUGGCUUUUGUUUAUGGAUCAAUGGGAACAUUAAUUGGACGCCAAAUUAUUGCGGCAAUUGAAGAAAGCGCCGUUUCUUACUACAAAGGAGUACCUUCGGGCAUGUGGGAUGAAGAGACAUUGGCCAAUUUCCAAAGCUCAAGCAACUGCAUGCAAGACGAAUACAAUGCUUACAAUAUCUCGUUCGAGAAUUCUGCCUCGAUCAACGGAGAAAGCACAGUGAAAACGAAUACUCUGGACGUUGGUGGGUUUAAGAUUGCUCUUAAAAGUUACUGGUACGCUAAGAUGCUGUUGGACGAACAUGAAAUUAAUGGAUUGGCAUAUUCUCCCGAGAAACUUUUUUUCAUCGGUUUCGCGCAGACAUGGUGUGCCUCAUAUAGCGAAGAUAAAUUGCUGCAAGAAAUCACCCAAGGAUCUCAAACGCCUGUGCCGUACCGCGUAAACGUGGUUGUGGAAAGUUUUAAUGAAUUUAGUCAAACCUGGAACUGUUCCAAACCAAUACAACAAAGUUGUCACCUUUGGUCAAAUUAAUGGAAUGUUGGACUAUAAGUUCUAAUCAUUAUUGCUAGUAAUGCAUAAAUCAGUUAUUUUUCAGCUAGUUAUACCGUGGAAUUUUAUUGUAAAUAAUAAAUUACUAACUUAAACUUUAA